UGUGCGUGUCAUACCUAUGUGUGUGUGUGUGUGUGUGUGUGUGUGUGUGUAUGUGCGUGUCAUACCUAUGUGUGUGUGUGUGUGUCAUACCUGUGUGUGUGUGUGUGUGUGUGUGUGUGUGUGUGUGUGCGUGCGUGUCAUACCUAUGUGUGUGUGUGUGUGUGUCAUACCUAUGUGUGUGUGUGUGUGUGUGUGUGUGUGUGUGUGUCGUACCUGUGUGUGUGUGUGUGUGUGUGUGUCAUACCUAUGUGUGUGUGUGUGUGUGUGUGUGUGUGUGUGUGUCAUACCUAUGUGUGUGUGUGUGUGAGUGGGUAGUAACUUGGUGUGUUCCAAGCCAACAGACAGGACCCUCCAUUACCUCCAAACGAGGCAUUUCCCAAAAUGACAUCAUAGGCUAUCAGCUGCACCCGUUGCCAUUGGCUAAUACAGAUUCUACAGGAGAGGUCAGCCUGUCCAUACAUAUACAGGAGAAGAGGGGAACCCCAGUGUAAAAGGCCCUGGGUUUAUUAACUUCAUCCACUUGACUUCUGUUGGGCUUUCUGCACCCAAAGAGUUCAUCUAUGUUCAGGAGAACAUACUGACUUAAGCUACAACCACCUCCUAAGGUUUUACAGGAGGGAGCUGGGCUUGGCCAGACAGAAUACAGGAGGGAGAUGGGCUUGGCCAGACAGUUUACAGGGAGAGAGCUGGGCUUGGCCAGACAGUUUACAGGGAGAGAGCUGGGCUUGGCCAGACAGUUUACAGGGAGAGAGCUGGGCUUGGCCAGACAGUUUACAGGGAGAGAGCUGGGCUUGGCCAGACAGUUUUACAGGAGAGAGCUGGGCUUGGCCAGACAGUUUACAGGAGAGAGCUGGGCUUGGCCAGACAGUUUACAGGAGAGAGCUGGGCUUGGCCAGACAGUUUACAGGAGAGAGCUGGGCUUGGCCAGACAGUAGACAGGAGAGAUCUGGGCUUGGCCAGACAAUAUACAGGGAGAGAGCUGGGCUUGGCCAGCCAGUAUACAGGGAGAGAGCUGGGCUUGGCCAGACAGUAUACAAGAGGGAGCUGGGCUUGGCCAGACAGUUUACAGGAGAGAGCUGGGCUUGGCCACACAGUUUACAGUAGAGCUGGGCUUGGCCAGACAGUUUACAGGAGAGAGCUGGGCUUGGCCACACAGUAUACUUGGAAUAGCUAAGACAACAUCCCAUUGGAACACAGGAGUGAUGGUUGCUGACAAUGGGCCUCUGUACACCUAAAAAUAAGCCAUUUCCAGCUUCAAAAGUCAUUUUCAACAUUAACAAGGUCUUUCUGAUCAAUUUGAUGUUAUUUUAAUGGACAAAAAAAAAAUGUUUUUCUUUCAAAAACAAGGACAUUUCUUAGUUUCCAUGAUGUGUGAUGUGAACAGGUUGCAUUAUAAUGAUGAUUGAUGGGUAAAGUAUGUCAUGUUUUGGUUUAUGGUAUCAUGUUGUAAUUAAUGGGGUCCUAUAUCUAUGGCUCUGAGAGCCAGCUAAUCAAUCCCAUGACAGUUCCAAUGGUAGUCAUUAUUAACAUAACGAUCAGCUGACUCGGAUGCAACUCAGGGAAAGGCACGCGCUCCUUUGUCUGAAUUUAAACGGAAAACCACUUCCGUUCAGCGGAGCUGGGGGGCACCAAACCCCAAUAUUUUCUCACUCUUUCCUUUCUCAGCUCUGCUCGACUCUCUUUUCCUUCGCUCCCCCUUUUGUGCAGCUCCCCACGUGUCGAAUAAAUUAGCAAACCCAAAUUGGAGGAAAAGGAGGAGGAGAGGGAGACGAGAGGAGCGAGGGAGGGAUUUGAGCCUGGUGUCGGUGUACGGUUUCAUUCGGAGGUGCCACUACUGCGGUGUCCUCAGAGCGCGCGAGCUCUGUUCUAUUGGAUGCUGAGAGAGCAAGAGAGAUACCGUUAGAGAUAGAUAGAGAGAGGGAAACAUACGUUUCCCAUGCCAAUAGAGCCCUUAAAUAUAAUUCAAAUUAAAUUGAAUUGAGAGAAAGAGCAAAGAGAGAAGAGCCGUCUGUGGGGUACAGAAGCGUUGUUCUCACCACUAAGCUAACAGCUGAGACUGAACCGAAGAGAGGAGGGGAACCAUAUUCUGACUGAGAAAACCAGCUCACCUCACCUGCCACUGGAGAAGAAGAACGGAAUGCUAUCGCUUUCUGGGGGUGUAACCUAAUCCGCAGCGCUAAAGGGAUAUCGCCUAAUCACUGAAAACGGAAAUAUUUCGUUUCUUUCUCCAUGGUGGAUAUUAUGUAGAGCUGAGAAAGCAGAGAGCAGCAGUCUUGGGCUUAUUUUUUAUUUGUUUCUGUGGAUUGUGUGUCUGUGUGUUUGGGUCGUCAGGGGAAUAGGGGAGCAGUGUGCUGCAUACUGAUCUGGUUUUGGAUAAAGGAAUACCGGGAUAUAACGGGACCGGAGCGCACGGCCAGAACAGCGAAGCUUCAGCGGGUUCAGAUGCAUGUGUAGGAGUCCCCAGCCAUGACAAUAACGUGUGAAGGUGGGCCCAGGGCCAGCGGUCUGUGUGUGUGUUCAGGCCUAUGGAGGCCACGAUCUCUCCUCCUGCUCUACACGGUCCUGGAGCUGGUUGUGGUCCACUCCACCCCGGUCCUAGGAGCUCUGGAGCUCCAGCUGGAUGAGGAGCAGCCGGCAGGGACCAUCGUAGGGGACAUCAGUGCUGGGCUACCCCCCGGCAUCACCGCCUCGCUGUACUUCAUCUCCGACCACGAAGGGACAGGUGUGGGCAGCGACCUCCACAUCGACGAGACCUCCGGGAUCAUCACCACGGCACGCCGCCUCGACCGCGAGCAGAGGGACCACUACAGCUUCAUCGCCGUCACCAUGACCGGGGUCACAGUCGAGGUGUCCGUCACGGUCAACGACAUCAACGACCACGCGCCGGCGUUCCUCAAGCCAAAGGCAUUGCUGAAGAUCCCGGAGCAGACGGCGGUGGGAACACGGGUUUCCCUGGAGCCGGCGUCAGACGCGGACCGCGAUCAGCUGACCACCCAAGGAUAUGUGAUUAAGGAAGGCAAUGUGGGGCAAGCCUUCAGGCUGGAGACCAAAAGAGCUGCUAACAAGGUGUUGUACCUGGACCUGGUGGUGAACGGUGUUCUGGACAGGGAGAAGAGGUCCUCGUACAGCCUGGUUCUGGAGGCCUUCGACGGGGGGAGUCCCAGACGCACCGGCCUGAUGACCCUGGAGGUGUUAGUCACCGACAUCAAUGACCACGCCCCCGUCUUCAACCAGAGCAGAUACCACGCUAUCAUCUCAGAGAGUUUACCACAGGGAAGCAACAUACUGCAGGUGUUUGCGUCCGACGCUGACGAGGGAGACAACGGUCUGGUCCUGUACGAGAUCAACCGUCGUCAGAGCGACCCUGACCGCUACUUCGUCAUGGAUACGAGGUCGGGGGUCAUCACUCUGAACCGACCGCUGGACUACGAGCUGAAGAGAGUCCACGAGCUGGUGGUACAGGCCAGAGACAACGCCAGCCACCCUGAGGUGACCAAUGCCUUCGUCACCAUCCACGUCCGAGACUACAACGACAACCAACCCACCAUGACCAUUAUCUUCCUCAGCGAAGACGGCUCGCCGCGCAUCUCAGAGGGCGCCCAGCCCGGCCAGUACGUGGCACGCAUCUCGGUCACCGACCCAGACUACGGAGAAUACGCUAAUGUUAACGUUUCGCUAGAGGGAGGGGACGGGAAGUUCGCCCUGACCACCAAGGACAGUAUUAUCUAUCUGAUCUGUGUGGACCAGGUGUUGGACCGCGAGGAGAGGGACACGUACGAGCUGAGAGUCAUGGCAACAGACGCAGGCACGCCUCCUCUCAGGGCUGAGUCGUCCUUUACUAUCCAGGUCACUGACGUGAAUGAUAAUCCGCCACUCUUCGACCAGCAGGCUUACAAACAGACCAUCCCAGAGGUCGUCUACCCAGGAUCCUUUGUGCUCCAGGUGACGGCCCGGGACAAGGACCAGGGGCCCAAUGGGGACAUCCGAUACAGCCUCCUCAAAGACAAAAUGAGCCACUCCGAUUGGUUCUCCAUCGACCCGGUGACGGGGAUCAUCACCACGGCGAUGGCACUGGAUUAUGAGUCGGAGCCAGCGCCCAGCGUGACGGUGGUUGCCACGGACAACGGGCGGCCUCCAAUGUCGUCGACGGCGAGGGUUGCCGUGGUGCUGCAGGAUGUAAACGAUAACGAGCCGGUGUUCUCUAGUAACUUCUACAACGUCACCAUCAAGGAGAAUACGGCAGUCGGGACCUGCUUCUUAGAGGUGACAGCAACAGAUGCUGACCGUGGUUCGUUCGGAGCGAUAUCGUACUCCCUAGGGUCUAGUUCCAGCAGCAUGGUACCGGCCCAGUUUACUGUCAACAAGGAGACUGGUCAGCUGUGUUCCAGCACCACACUGGAUCGAGAGCAGGGGUCAGGCAACUACGAUCUCACCGUGACCGCUACUGAUGGGGGUGGUCAAAGUGCAGUGACCCGUGUGCGUGUGUAUCUGGAAGACGUUAAUGACAACCGUCCAUCCUUCUAUCCGGUGCUCUACACCGUGAGCCUCAGCACCCAGAGCGCCCCCGGAACCUCCGUCACCAAGGUGACGGCCAACGACCCCGACGCUGGUGACAACGGCAGGGUGACCUAUCGCACGGUGCCGGGGGGAGGCUCCACCUUCUUCACCCUCAACAAGGACACAGGUGUGAUCUCUCUCGCGCGAUCGCUUCACGGUAAGGCCGACACCCUGGUCUCCAUGGUGAUCUCGGCGCAGGAUGGCGGUGGUCUGACGGCGCCGUUGAACGCCCGUGUCAACGUGAGCGUGGUCGGGGGCUCUGUGGCGCUCCCUCUGUUUGAACAGGCUCAGUACUACUUCACUGUGUCUGAGGAGGUCCUCAGGGGCACCGAGGUGGGCAAGGUCCACGCUGCCACCAAGACCGGUCCUUCCCAGGACAUCUCCUAUUCCAUCUCAUCCGGUGACCCAGAUGGUUAUUUCACCAUGGACUCUACCUCCGGGGCGCUCCGUUCCUCUGUCCCUCUGGACCACGAGGCCUGUCCCAGUCUCGACCUGGAAGUCCUGGCUCGCUACGGCUCGCCGCCCGCCUACGGAACCACACGCGUACGCAUCACCAUCUCAGACGUCAAUGACAACGCUCCCUCCUUCCUUCCCUCCUCCUCCGAAUCCCUCCUUCUCCCGGAGGUGACUAAAAUGGGAACGGUGGUGUACCGGGUUCAGGCCACUGACCGGGACUCUGGUCCAAACGGUCAGCUGAGUUUUGACCUGGUCUCGAUCGGCACGGGGGGCAGUAGCGGUCAAAGGAUGUUUGGCGUGGACCGGGGAAGCGGGGAGCUGAAGCUGAUUGGUGGACUGAACUAUGAAAGUGUUCCGCGCUACGACCUACAGGUGGUAGCUAAAGAUGGUGGAGCCCCCCAGCUCAGCUCUACCUUCACGUUAGUUGUGCAUGUCCAGGCUCAGGAUGCGCAGGGUCCCGCUUUCGACACGCUAACGUACCGCGUGGAGCUACAGGAGAACACGCCUCUAAACACACGCGUCCUACAGGUCCGCGCCCUUAACAGAGAGGCUGCUGGGAACGGCGGUGGCUCCUCCUCUUCCUCUGUGUCGUACAGACUGCAUCCGGACGGCGACGCGGCAGGGUUCGGGGUCGCCCCAGAUAGUGGGUGGUUGUUCGUUCGUAGCUCUCUGGACCGGGAGGCCAAGGACAUAUAUCUACUGACGGUGGUGGCAACCUCUGGACCGGGAGGGCAGGGCGCAGCUGGGGCGGGCAGGACUGGCAGUGCCACGGUGAGGGUCUCUGUGACAGAUGAGAACGACAACAGUCCCCGUCUGAGUCAGGAGAGGGUGUUUCUGGCUGUGAGAGAGAACCUUCCGGCGGGCACGGGGUUCGGCCGCGUGUCGGCUACCGACAGAGACGCAGGACUGAACGCCAGACUGACCUUCAGACUCCUGCACACUGACCGACACUUCCAGAUCAACUCACACACAGGUGAGAUCAGUACCAGGUUAUCUCUCGACAGAGAGCAGCAGUCUAGCUACCAGCUGGUGGUUGUGGUACAAGACGGAGGCACGCCCCCUCGCAGCGCUACGGGUACUGCCCACAUCACUCUAUUGGAUGAGAACGACAACGCCCCUGUCUUUAACCACGCCCACCCCGACAGGGAACUGCUAAUACAGGUGAUGGAGGAAUCCCAGCCUGGCUCAGUCUUGGGGACAAUAACAGCUAAAGAUCCUGAUGAGGGAGAGAACGGAACACUCCAUUACUCACUGUCAGGUUCCAGAGUGGAGUGUUUCUCAUUGAACCCCACCACAGGAGAACUACGUUGCUCGUCCUCUCUGAGACACGGUGAGAGGGCUGAGUACAACCUGACAGUGUCAGCUUCUGACCACGGCACACCUCCACACACCUCUACCUGUCCCCUACGCAUUCAGGUCCUGAGUUCCAGUAAGUCUUCUGCCAAGAACACUCUGUCCAUGACUCUCAACUCAGUGGAGGGCGUCGCCCCAGGCUCUGUCAUUGGCUCUGUCCGGUCACAUGACCAGCGUGACACGCUGUCGUUGGACGGCCAGGUGACGUACGUGGUGGUGGGCGGGACGGACCGGAAGGGGACGUUCAUGGUUGACCGGGUUACGGGAGACGUGUACCUGGUCAGAGUACUGGACUAUGAGGAAGGAGACAGGUACACUCUGCAUGUGGAGGUAUCAGAUUUCACGCUGGCGUACCCCAGCAGUCACAGAGUACAGCUGGACAUUAACGUCCAAGACAGCAAUGACCACGCCCCCCAGUUCACCGAGGACCCCGUUACCAUAGUGAUACCAGAGAACACCCAGCCGGGAGCCUCCAUCUACACCUUUCAGGCUGCUGAUAAGGACGGCAGUGGUCCCAACAGCGAGCUGCGUUACUCAAUCCAGCGCCGCUGGCCUGACUCCCUUCACCUCCUGACCCUUGACCCUUCCACUGGGGUCCUGACCUUGGGUCAGAAGUUAGAUCACGAGACCACGUCCUCCCUCUACCUGGUUGUCAGGGCGACCGACCAGGCGGAGGACGUGUCCGCGCGGCGCUGGGGGUCGGUGACGGCCCGGGUGUUUGUGACGGACGAGAAUGACAACGCUCCCGUGUUCAGCUCGUCCUCCGCCGUCAGUGUUAUGGAGGACCAGCCGGUCGGGUUCGUGGUUGUGUACGUGAUGGCUCGUGACGAGGAUGAGGGAGAGAACGGACGAGUGUCCUACAGCAUCCAAUUAGGGAACAGCGCUGGACGCUUCAGCCUCAACCCCAACACCGGCUCUCUGUCCAUUCUGAAGGCUCUAGAUCGUGAGGACCGGGAAGUGUUUAAUCUGACCAUCAUAGCCGAGGAUCACGGGAUUCCCCAGCUGUCCACCAGUCAGGUUCUGUCUGUCCACGUGAUUGAUGUGAACGAUGAGCCUCCGCUGUUCCAGUGGGAGGAGCUAGAGGCGGAGGUCAGAGAGAACCAGGAAGCGGGAACCACGGUGAUCACCGUCACGGCAACGGACAGAGACCAAGGUUCUAAUGGCCAGGUGACAUAUGGAGGUGUAACAGAGGAAGGCUUCAGCAUCAACCCUGUGACAGGAGUCAUCAGCACUACCAAGACCCUGGACAGAGAGACUCAGGACCACUACACACUCACAGUGUAUGCCAGGGACGGGGGCCUGCCUCCUAACUUUGCCAAGGUGGUGGUGCGUGUGUUGGUGCAGGAUGAGAACGACAACGUGCCGGUGUUUGCCAGGCCCUGGUACGGCCUAGAGGUUCCUGAGAGCCAGAGCGCCGUGGAGCUGUGUAUUGUCAGGGCUGCUGACGCAGACACUGGCCCCGCUGGAGACAUUGAGUACAGGAUCACUGCUGGAGACCCAGACGGGAUCUUCCAACUCCAUGUCAGUUCAGGGGCCCUGUCCACGUCUCGUCCCCUGGAUCGGGAGCUGCGGGCAGGGUACAACCUGGAGGUGGUGGCCCUGGACCAUGGUUCUCCUGCUCUGAGCAGCACAGCCACAGUGGAGGUGAAAGUGUUGGAUGUAAAUGACAACAGUCCGGCCUUCAGCAGCAGCAGCUACACCAUAGACGUCUCAGAGGACGCUGCCCAGGGAACUACAGUCUUAGAGGUGACGGCCACAGACGCAGACGAGGGGGAGAACGGGAAGGUGCUGUAUUUCCUGAGUCAAGAGGCUCGGGGCGCUUUCACCGUUGACGAAAACACUGGCUGUAUUACAACGGCGUCGCCGGUGGACCGAGAGAAGAGGGCGUCGUACAGCUUCCGUGUGUUCGCUGUGGACCUGUCACCUGCCGAGCCCAGAAACACCUCGGCUCAGGUGACCGUGACGAUCCUGGACAUAAACGACAAUGCUCCAUUCUUCAUCCAAGACCCCCUCGUUGUCGAGGUCUUGGCCAGCAAAUCACAUCGGGUCCUGGCCACCAUGCGGGCCGAGGACAAGGACUUUGGCGCCAACGGCUCUGUGUUCUACCGUUUUGCCGGGCCAGUGAGGGGUUUCAGCAUCAACUCCCUAACAGGGGAGAUCCAGGGGACAGAGGGGAUAGACAGGCUGAGUCAGGCUCAGAGGACCCUCAUGGUGGAGGCUAUGGACCAGGGAACCCCGGCCCAGUCCAGCCUGGGGGUGGUGUUGGUCUAUGUGAAGGAACAGGUGUAUACAGGCAUCAGGUUCUCAAGGAACGCCAGAGACGUCAGCAUACAGGAGAACGCCGCCAAAGGUACGGCUGUAGCUCAGGAUCAGGCCCAGUACCCUGAUGGAACCAGAAGAGGGAUCAGCUAUAGUCUCUUCUCUGGAAACAGACUGCAGGCCUUCAGCAUCGGCACUAGCACAGGUGAAAUCUGGGUUCAGAGGUCGUUGGGUCUGGACUUUGAGGACACUCCGCGACUCCGCCUGGUAGUGAAGGCUGAGACGGCUUCGUCCAGCUCCUUCAUGGCCGUCAACCUGAUCCUGCAGGACAUCAAUGACAACCUGCCACGCUUCCAGCUCCAGAACUAUGUAGCCUACAUGAGAGAGGCCCAGGGUUACGACAUGCCAAUCAUACAGGUGGUGGCAGAGGACGUGGACCAGGGGCAGAAUGGUCAGGUGACCUACUCUAUCCAAUCAUCAGGAGGCAUGAGCGGCCUGUUCAAGAUCGACCCUGUCACGGGAAGCAUCACCACCGCCGCCAUCAUGGACAGAGAGAUCUGGACUCAGACCAGGCUGGUCGUCACAGCGACGGACAGGGGCAGCCCGCGAUUGGCCGGUUCGGCCACACUCACAGUGAUCAUCGUAGACCUCAACGACAACAGUCCAACAAUCCCUCUGCCCCGGGAGGUCCGCAUUCCUGAGAACACCCUGAUCGGCACAGAGAUCACCUUGGUAACGGGUAAUGACGUGGACUCCAGCCCGGCCCUGUCCUACAGCCUCCAGCUGGACGGGUCGUCCCAGGGGAAGUUUGGGAUUCACCGCUACAGUGGAGGGGUGUCUCUGACCGCCCCUCUGGACUACGAGGACAGGACCUGGUACACACUGACCGUCAGGGCUACUGACUCCCAACACCAGACUGAGGCUAAUAUCACCAUAUUGGUGGAGGACGUAAAUGACAACGCUCCUGUGUUCACACACGAUCUAUACCAGGUAACGCUGCCAGAACAUUCCCCGCCAGGCAGUCCCGUUGUCACGGUGACGGCGACUGAUCGUGAUUCGGGGGAGAAUGGAAAGGUCACCUACAGAGUGAUGUCGUCAACGCGAGGCGGAUUCUACGUAGACCCCAGCAACGGUACCCUGUUCAUCAGGGAGAGGUCAGAGUUCGAUCCAGAGAACCCGUCCGUCAGUGUGGUCAUCGAAGCCUGUGACGGGGGGUCCCCGCCCCUCUCGUCGUUCACCACAGUACAGGUCCAGCUAUCAGACGUCAACGACAACGCUCCCGUCUUCCACCAAUCAGAGUACAGGGCGACGGUGUUGGAGGACUCCAUCCCCGGGGCGACCAUCCUGACCCUGGAGGCCAUGGACGCUGAUUUCUCUCGGGACAACUGCGGCUUCGACUUCGCCAUUGCCAAUGGCAAUACCGGGAACGUCUUCCAGAUCGAGAGCAGCGUGCGCUUCCUGGAGGGGCGGGGCUUCCAGACCGUAGGGACGCUCCUAUUGGCCGAGGUGCUGGACUUCGAGGCCGUGCCCCUCUAUAACCUGACGGUGGUGGUGUCGGACAGAGGGGUUCCACAGAGGAGUUCUAGCGUUGCCGCGGUGAUAACCGUUGGCGAUGUAAACGAUAACCCGCCGGCGUUUGGCAGGGCGGAGUACGCUGUGUCACUGAGUGAAGGAGCUGGCGCCGGGACAGAGAUAAUACGACUCACUGCCACAGACCCAGACUCUGCCCCCAACGCAGAGGUCCAGUACAGUAUCAGCUCAGGCGAUGAGAUGGACCUGUUCACCAUCGACCAGUGGACCGGGGCGCUGCGGUUACAGCGACAGCUCGACCGCGAGCACCAGUCCUCCCACGUGGUCAUCGUCCAGGCCUCGGAUGGCCACGGUCACGUCGCCCUGACCCCGAUCAGCGUAGAGGUCAAAGAUGUGAAUGAUAACAGACCGUUCUUCCCCAUCGAGACUCUGACGGCUAGCAUCAGAGAGAACCAGCCGGUCAACUCAGCCGUGACCAUACUCCACGCCAUAGACCACGACACUGGGAUGUACGGCCAGCUGAGAUACUACAUGGUGGAGCAAGGUCAAGGGUCAGGAGUUACAGGGCGAGAGGCCUUCACCGUGGACCAGAGUUCAGGAGAGGUCAGGGCUAAGAUGACUUUUGAUUUUGAGAAGGUCAACUCAUUUAAUUUUGUUGCUCUGGCAAUGGACGCCGGUAACCACUCGGCCACGGUGACGGUCCAGGUGUACGUGACUGGUGAGGAUGAGUACGACCCACUCUUCGUCUCCCCAGAGUUCUCCUUUGAGGUUCCAGAGGGGGCGAAGAGGGGCCAGAGCAUCGGACAGAUCCAGGCAAACGACGAGGAUGGAGGUGUAGACGGUAUCGUCCUCUUCUCGCUCCCAAGCUCCUCCCUGUACUUUGACGUCAACAAAACAACCGGGGUGGUUUUCCUCAAGAUGGACGGGUCUUCUAGUCGCAGCAGCAGCAGCGGGUUAGGGGGGCGGUCCAAAAGGGAGACCAGGACCAUGACACUGGACGUUCACGCCCACAGCCCUCUGGACACGUCCCGGGUCACCACGGCCCAGCUGACCAUCGAUGUGACCAACACGUCCUUCGGCCUGGGGACAGACCUCAACGUCCUGCUGAUUAUCAUCAUCGCCGUGUCCCUGGGGGUCAUCGUGCUACUGGUGGUCAUGGCGGUGGUCAUCUUCCUGCUCAAGUCAAAGAGACGCAGGAAGAACAAAGGACGGGACAACAGUGCCGUGGCCUCGGGAACCACUCUGCAGAAACUGGACGAUUCCAAAUCUGGAGGAUCUGAGAGGAUCUAUCAUCAGACGUUACCAGGGUACGCCGGCGACCAAGGUGGAGCAGGGGCCGGGCCCUACCCCCGGGGGGGUUCCCUUGACCCCUCCCACUCCAGCGGGCGUGGCUCAGCCGAGGCGGCGGAGGACGAUGAGAUCAGGAUGAUCAACGAGUACCCCCGCGUAGCGUCCAUCUCCUCGUCCAUGCAGGAGCACAUCUCAGCCCGCGGGCCGGACUCUGGCAUCCAGCAGGACGCUGACCAGCUGUCGGACAUCUCCUGUGAGCCGGCCGCCCUGGAAGGAAGCACCUGGUUCAAAGGCAAGAAGCUGGGAGGGAGUCUCAGCGGGACCAUGCUGUCUGGACAGCUACCUGUCUACAGAGAUGAGCUGGGAGGAGGGUACCUGGGGGUGGGGAGGGGACUCAACAUCUCCCAUCCUAAAGAUUACGCCUUUCCAGAGGACGGGAAGCCCUCUGUAGACGGGUCCCUGACAGCCAUAGUGGCCAGUGACGAAGAGCUAAGGGGCAGUUAUAACUGGGAUUACCUGCUCAACUGGUGCCCUCAGUUCCAACCACUAGCCAACGUCUUCACGGAGAUCGCCAGGCUCAAAGACGAGACAGCCCCACAGAACCAGACCAACCCACGCCAGCCCUUCCAGCCCAAAGCCAAGACGGACCCCAAGCCUCGCAUCGACCCACCGCCCCUCAUCACUGCCGUGGCCCACCCUGGGGCCAAGUCCGUCCCCCCGAAGGUCCCUGUCAUCGGACGCACCUUCCCCCACCUGGCCACCCUACGGCGGUCCCCCAUCAGCCACGAGGGCUCCAUCUCCUCAGCAGCCAUGUCCCCCAGCUUCUCUCCCUCUCUCUCGCCCCUCGCCGCCCGCUCCCCUGCCGUCUCCCCCUUCGGAGUAACCCAGGGCCCCUCGACCUCCAUGAUCAGUACCAGGGAUCCCAUGCUGGACCACAGCCCCGAUCACGAGAUGAGGAUCUGAGGAUGACGUUGUUUUAGGUUUUUUAGAGACGUUUCUAUAAUUUAUGUUUCAUCAUAUGACCAAGUAAAGGGUGCUGAGAUCUGGAUGUUAUAUCAGCUCCUAUGACACGUGAGAAAGGAAGUGUUUUUGGCUUUAGAGACAUUUUUCUCUGAUGUAGUUUUUUUAAAUAAUCUGACAAUGUGAUUGGUUCUCAGAUAUGAACAUGAGGAGAUGAAGGAAGUGUUUUCGGCUUUAGAGACACGUUUCUCUGAUGUAGUUUCUCAGAUGAGUUUUAGGCCAUAUUUCUUCACAACGGAAGAGGAAUAUAGUGUGGGAACAUUUUGUAUUAGUGAAGACCGAGUGAUUGCCAAGAUUGAGGCUCAAUAAGAUGAACACUAAUAUGAUGAGAUAGGUCAUAUUCAACCUCUUUUCUGAAGGGACAUGUGGAUUAUCAUUUUCUACGGGAUGUUAUUUCUCACCCUAUGAGUCCUUAGACCUAGAUAUCCCGCUAUGUAGUGGUGGACCAUGUUGUGGGGUUGGGGAGGUUAGCAUUGACAACAGACCAGCCAUCUCCUUCCCUACUUGUACAUCAUGACGCAGGCCUCUGAGAAUUGCCACAGGGUUAGGAGAUUACCCAACCUCUUGGCUUCGAACAACCAUGACUUGGAUCUAACCCUGCAGCUGCAGACUGUCCCUCCCUUCAGACAGAAGGUCCUCAGUGGAGAUAAACUGACCCAUCGGCUGCAGACUGACCCUCCCUUCAGACAGAAGGCCCUCAGUGGAGAUAAACUGACAUAUCGGCUGCAGACGGACCCUCCCUUCAGACAGAAGGCCCUCAGUAGACAUAAACUGACCUAUCGGCUGCAGACUGACCCUCCCUUCAGACAGAAGGCCCUCAGUAGAGAUAAACUGACCUAUCGACUGCAGACUGACCCUCCCUUUAGACAGAAGGCCCUCAGUAGAGAUAAACUGACCUAUCGGCUGCAGACUGACCCUCCCUGCGGACAGAAGGCCCUCAGUAGAGAUAAACUGACCUAUCGGCUGCAGACUGACCCUCCCUGCGGACAGAAGGCCCUCUGUCAUGAAGUCCAUAGACACAGUAGAUUUUCAGUCGUUUUCAGGUCCCUCCUCGCUGGCUGGUCAGAGAGAUAACGGAUUCCACUAUUCCUCUCUUUGACUUCUGUCUCUUCACAUUCUAGAUCUCCAUUAAAGACUUCAGUGUUCCGUUGCGGUGUUCUCACAAACAAACGGACUGCUUUACACAACAAAACAAAAUGGCUGCUUUCAAAAUGGCUGACGUUUCCCCUUCUGUGGAUCCAAUGGACCAAGUACAUGUGUGUUGAAAAAUACAUUAUAAACUAGCCAGUGUUUUGUACAUUGGAAACGAGGAACCGAGGCUAAUGUUUUCCUUUGUUGCUACGGAAGACGCAUUAUUUUCUUUUGGUUGUAUUUUUUAUAUAUUUUUAUAUUGACCUUUUGAUUUCUGAUUUGAAAUGCCAGGUUAUCGUUUCAUUCUAUUUAGAUAUAUGUAUAUUUGUAUGUACGCCAGCCACAUUAACUAUGUGUUUUUCCUGUCAUAGAUUUUAGAGAGCCACCAUCUUAUGUCUCUGUGGACUCGUGACAUUUGUGACGUGAGUGAGUGGGGAACAUUUUGUGUUUUGAUAAUUAUUUAUAUGAAGGAAAUGAACUGCUGGCCAUGUCGACAGCAGGUAACCACGUUCACUUGUCACCAUGCUGUAAUUGUAUCUGGAAAACGUUGUUUUAUUUUCUUGUCAGAAUGUAGAUCUUCUCAAAAUCCCGGCAAAGCGAUGUAAAGACGAUCAGAGAUCAUUGGUCACUGCCCUCAAACUCUUGUCACCAAAACCAGACCUGUCCUCCUUGUUAGUAAACUGAUAUGUAGCGGAGGUGAACCGGACUCACGCUCUUCUGAUGAAAAUCUGCGUCACCCUGGUCCAAGAGGGAAUGUCCUCUUGGCUUAAUGUGUAAGACGUUGGUUUUCCGUGUUGGAGACCAGGGUUCAGAUCCCGCCUGUGACCUAUACACUCGACUCAGUGUAAAGUAAACUGGCUUACACAGCAGCACACAUUCUCCAUGGAAUUCAUGGAGAAUUCCGUUUCCUGUUCACCUCGUGUCUUUUGUAAUGAAGUGCUUCCGACUCAACACAAAGGUCAAUGGUGUGAUGUCAUUGCUCCGUAUGAUGACUUGUAAACUGAGAAGUGGUUCAACUUCAUACCAUAGAAAUACAAUGCCUAGAACAUAGAUUGUAGAAUGGUUAAAAGGGUUUACACAACUACUUUUAAAGGUAGCAGCACAAGAAUUUAACUUCAAUUAGACCUGUCAUGCUCCCAAAUGGUUGCUUCCAAAAUCAACAUACUGUGUGUUCUACCUAUGCAUUCUAUUUCUAUGGUUUCAGUGCUCAAGUUCUAGCUCUGUCGUUAGAUGUGUUUUACCAGGAGGUAGGGUAGGUAGACGGGGUUAUCCAGGGUCCAUGUGUUUCUCUCAUCACCCCACCCUCUGUGUCCUCUCCGUGUCCUUUCCACGCUCCCAUUGUUUGGGCUCUGUCCUGGACAUCCGUUAACCUAGCAGGCCAGAGGGCACACAGCUUUACCGCAACACUAGAUGUGUCCCAAAUUGCACCAUAUUCCCUAUGUAAUGCACUACUUUUGACCAGAGGGUUCUGUUCAGAGGGUUCUGUUCAGAGAGAUCUGUUCAGAGGGUUCUGUUCAGAGAGAUCUGUUCAGAGGGUCCUGUUCAGAGAGUUCUGACCAGAGGGUUCUGUUCAGAGAGUUCUGACCAGAGGGUUCUGACCAGAGGGUUCUGUUCAGAGGGUUCUGUUCAGAGGGUUCUGUUCAGAGAGUUCUGACCAGAGGGUUCUGACCAGAGGGUUCUGUUCAGAGAGAUCUGUUCAGAGGGUUCUGUUCAGAGGGUUCUGUUCAGAGGGCACUAUAUAGGUAAUAUGGUGCCAAUUGGGACACACAGACUGUCUUCUCCAGUAUUACAUUUCCUGUUGUUUAGUUCAGUGUGUGUUGAGUCAGGGGUGAUCAGCAGCAAUGUGAUGCUCUCCUGUUCCUCACAUGCCGCUUUCAAAUCAACUGGGAACUCCAAUCCUCGUAAAAUCUCAGACUUUUGAAUUCAGUGCAUUCAAAACAACUGGGAACUCCAAUCCUCGUAAAUCUCAGACUUUUGAAUUCAGUGCAUUCAAAACAACUGGGAACUCCAAUCCUCGUAAAUCUCAGACUUUCGAAUUCAGUGCAUUCAAAACAACUGGGAACUCCAAUCCUCGUAAAUCUCAGACUUUCGAAUUCAGUGCAUUCAAAACAACUGGGAACUCUUCACGAGCUCCGAAUGGGGAAAAAAAAAAUUGAACGGUCAUCCAACUUAGAAUUCCAAGUCAGAAACUCGGGCAUCUUUCUAGAGAGACUUUCCGACCCUGAAGAUCACUGACGUCAUGAUUUGACAUAGGUUUUUUUCAGAGUUGCCAGUUGUCUUGAAAGCACCAUAAGGGAUGGUUUGUUGAACUCUGCUGUGCUGCAUGCCUGAUGAUAUAAUUCUACCAUACCAACAACUGUCUGCCUGCCUCUCGCUAACCUGGCGCUAACUCUGUCAGCCCACUAAAUGGGCGGCAGGUAGCCUAGUGGUUAGAGCGAUGGGCCAGUAACCAAAAGGUCAAAUCCCCGAGCUGACAAGGUAAAAAAUAUGUUGUUCUGCCCCUGAACAAGGCAGUUAACUCACUGUUCCCCGGUAGGCCGUCAUUGUAAAUCAGAAUUUGUUCUUAACUGACUUGCCUUGUUAAAAUAAAGGUUACAUUUAAAAACAUGGGAUGAGCCUGGCCUCUCACUAACCUGGUCAGACCACUAAACAUGGGAUGAACCUGGCCUCUCACUAACCUGGUCAGACCACUAAACAUGGGAUGAACCUGGCCUCUCACUAACCUGGUCAGACCACUAAACAUGGGAUGAACCUGGCCUCUCACUAACCUGGUCAGACCACUAAACAUGGGAUGAACCUGGCCUCUCACUAACCUGGUCAGACCACUAAACAUGGGAUGAACCUGGCCUCUGACUAACCUGGUCAGACCACUAAACAUGGGAUGAGCCUGGCCUCUGACUAACCUGGUCAGACCACUAAACAUGGGAUGAGCCUGGCCUCUCACUAACCUGGUCAGACCAGUAAACAUGGGAUGAGGAUAGGGUGCCAUAGGGCUCUGGUCUAAAGUAGUGCACUAUAUAGGGAAUAGGGUGGCAUAGGGUUCUGGUCUAAUGUAGUGCACUAUAUAGGGAAUAGGGUUCCAUAGGGCUCUGGUCUAAAGUAGUGCACUAUAUAGGGAAUAGGGUUCCAUAGGGCUCUGGUCUAAAGUAGUGCACUAUAUAGCGACUAGGGUGCUAUGUGGGAUUCAAAAUUGAAGACUGCUGCCAACGAUUCAGCAGCAUACAGAACAGAAAUGGUCUGUAUGUGUAUUUGAAAAUGCGGAGAAUAAAUUCAUACUGGUCUCUUUUCACAAA